GCGAGCGACGCCGAAGGCCUCGCGUAUCUGGCUUCCAACCGCGCCCAACCCGGAGUCAUCGAGUUGCCUUCUGGUUUGCAGUACAAGCCACUGGUCAACGGGACGGGCGCCUACCAUCCCGGUGCCUCCACACCCUGUUCCUGUCACUACGCCGGAACCUUGCUGGAUGGAAGCACCUUUGACAGUUCCUACGAUCGCGACGAACCCACCACGUUCGCACCCAAUCAAGUCAUUGCCGGAUGGACCGAAGCCAUGCAGCGUAUGGUGCAAGGCGACCAGUGGGAACUCUACAUUCCUUCCGAACUCGCGUACGGUGAACGCGGCAGUCCACCGCGCAUUCCCCCCAACGCCGUCCUCAUCUUUCGUAUAGAAAUCUUGGAAAUUCUG